UCCAGCCAAGGCAACCAGUAAUUGAGACGGUGUCUUUUUCGUUGCGCGCUGAAAGGUUGCGUUUAUCCGCACUUUUCCAGGCGGUUAAACGGGUGUAAGAGUAAGCAGUUCGCCCGCAAGAAAAUAGAGCAGUUAACAAAACAAAACUGGGAUCUGUUGCGUUGCGCUCCGCCGUAACCAAAUCGGAACAUUCACCAAAACAUCUUGUGAUUAUUUCCUCUUCUUUCUUGUUGGGAAAAGGUUGUUGGAUUGGCUUCGAGCAGACGGGCUUCUUCUCAUCGGGUUAGUUUAUACUGGUGUGAUCUAAGAAGUUUCCAUCUACUGUUUAUUUACAUAUAGCCAACGCGGAGGUCAGAUUUUAUAUGUAGGAAAAACGACGAAUUCCAUCCUGCUGGUUGACGGGCACCAAUUCUAAAGUUAGUUUCAAGAUACAGAGUAAACAAACACGGAUUGAAAGCAACUAUCCGAAGAAAGACUUAUCUGUUUUUCCGUUCAAGAUUCACUUACAGACAUUCUUUAAUCAUUGUGAGUUUUGAGGAGAAAGGGCUUGUUCUAAAGCAAAAAGGAACGAUGGUUGUUUCUUCUGGAUGCACUGAAUGAAGAGGAACGUCCCAUGUGCGGCUUUCACUCUUCCUGACAGAAACUGCCCUCCAGCUCUAAGGAAGUUUCUCCGUGGUGCAUCUUUUGCAGUGCAAGCAUAACUUCAACUCCCAGCCUUAAGUUUACAAGCCGACGGAGUCCUGAGGUGUGACUCACAUUUAGCAAGUCAAAAUGGCUAACAACACUGCAGACCACCCGCCAGGGAACUCGGUCACUGAGAUCGACCAAGAUGGGGACUUUGGCAUCACGAUGAUUCAGCUCCGUGAUCUGAUGGAGCUCCGAAGUGGUGAAGCAGUCAGCAAGAUUGCAGAAUGCUACGGAGACGUGCAAGGGAUCUGCCGCAGGCUCAAGACUUCGACAAUUGAGGGACUUUCUGCAAACCCUACCGAUUUGGAAAAACGCUACACAGUGUUCGGUAAAAACUUCAUCCCUCCCAAGAAGCCCAAGACCUUUCUGCAACUUGUAUGGGAGGCACUACAGGAUGUCACCCUCAUUAUUCUGGAGGUGGCAGCCAUUAUUUCCUUGGGUCUGUCCUUCUACCACCCACAAGGGGAAGGCAAAGAUAACUGUGGCCAAGCAUCUGGAGGUGUGGAGGAUGAGGGUGAGGCUCAGGCAGGCUGGAUUGAAGGUGCUGCCAUCUUGUUCUCUGUCAUUAUCGUGGUGCUGGUGACUGCCUUUAACGACUGGAGUAAAGAAAAGCAGUUCCGUGGGCUGCAGAACCGCAUCGAGAAGGAACAGAAGUUCACGGUCAUCCGGAAGGGUCAGGUCAUCCAGAUCUCUGUGGCUGAAAUCGUCGUGGGAGAUAUAGCACAAAUCAAAUACGGUGACCUUCUACCAGCUGAUGGUAUCUUGAUCCAAGGUAAUGACCUGAAGAUUGAUGAAAGCUCUCUGACUGGGGAGUCUGAUCAUGUCCGCAAAUCUCUGGAGAAGGACCCCAUGCUCCUUUCUGGAACUCAUGUGAUGGAAGGAUCUGGCAGAAUGGUGGUCACUGCUGUGGGAAUGAACUCUCAGACUGGAAUCAUUGUCACCCUACUGGGCGCCACCGGUGAGGAUGAGAAGAAAGUGAAGAAAGGUAAAAAACAAGGACCCCCCGAAAAUCGCAACAAAGCUAAGACUCAGGAUGGCAUCGCCCUGGAGAUCCAACCACUGAAAAGUGAGGAAGGAGCAGAAACGGAAGAGAAAGAAGAAAAGGAGAAAAAGAAAGUGAAUGUCUCCAAGAAGGAGAAGUCGGUCCUGCAGAGCAAGCUGACCAGGCUAGCAGUACAGAUUGGAAAAGCAGGUCUCAUCAUGUCUGCAGUGACCGUCAUCAUCCUAAUCCUGUACUUUGUUAUUGACACAUUUGGCGUGCAGGGGCACAAAUGGACGGCCGAGUGCACGCCUAUCUACGUCCAGUACUUUGUAAAGUUUUUCAUUAUUGGUGUGACGGUGCUGGUGGUAGCAGUUCCGGAGGGACUUCCUCUAGCUGUUACCAUCUCCUUGGCCUAUUCUGUAAAGAAAAUGAUGAAGGACAACAACUUGGUGAGGCACCUGGAUGCCUGUGAAACCAUGGGUAAUGCCACCGCCAUCUGUUCUGACAAAACUGGAACGCUGACAAUGAAUCGCAUGACUGUGGUCCAGGCCUAUAUUGGUGACACACACUAUAAGAAUGUUCCAGAACCUGGGGCCAUUAAUCCAGAGACUCUGGAGUUAUUAGUCAACAGCAUCUCCAUAAACUCUGCAUACACAACCAAGAUCAUGCCGCCAGAGAUGGAGGGAGGUCUGCCAAGGCAUGUGGGCAAUAAGACUGAGUGUUCACUUUUGGGUCUGGUGCUGGAUCUGAAGAGAGACUAUCAGCCUAUUCGGGAUGAAAUUCCCGAGGAGAAACUUUAUAAGGUUUACACAUUCAACUCCUCCCGGAAGAGCAUGAGCACUGUGUUAAAGAACGCAACUGGUCCUGGGUUCCGAAUGUACAGCAAGGGUGCCUCUGAGAUCGUCUUGCGCAAGUGUUCCCAUGUUCUCGAUGCUUCAGGCCAGCCUCGUGCUUUCAAGGCCAAGGAUCGGGAUGAGAUGGUGCGGAAAGUGAUCGAGCCAAUGGCCUGUGAUGGUUUAAGGACCAUUUGCGUAGCCAUGAGAAACUUUACAACAGAGCCAGACUGGGACAAUGAAGCUGAGAUUCUGAAUGACCUGACCUGCAUCUGUGUGGUGGGCAUUGAAGAUCCUGUCCGCCAUGAGGUUCCUGAGGCUAUUGCUAAAUGCCAGCGAGCAGGCAUUACCGUCCGUAUGGUCACUGGAGACAACAUCAACACAGCCCGCGCCAUCGCCACCAAAUGUGGAAUCCUGCAGCCUGGAGAAGACUUCUUGUGCAUGGAGGGCAAAGAAUUCAACCAGCAGAUUCGUAAUGACAAAGGAGAGGUGGAGCAAGAGCGUCUUGACAAGGUCUGGCCAAAACUACGUGUUCUGGCCCGUUCCUCCCCUACAGACAAACACACUCUGGUUAAAGGCAUCAUUGACAGCACAGUUGGAGAGACAAGACAGGUGGUGGCUGUGACUGGAGAUGGAACAAAUGAUGGUCCUGCCCUUAAAAAAGCAGAUGUUGGAUUUGCUAUGGGAAUUGCUGGCACAGAUGUUGCAAAGGAGGCCUCUGACAUCAUCCUUACGGAUGACAACUUCACCAGUAUCGUCAAAGCUGUGAUGUGGGGACGUAACGUCUACGACAGCAUCUCCAAGUUUCUGCAGUUUCAACUGACUGUCAAUGUGGUGGCGGUGAUCGUUGCAUUCACUGGGGCAUGCAUCACACAGGACUCUCCUCUAAAAGCCGUUCAGAUGUUGUGGGUAAAUCUGAUUAUGGACACACUGGCUUCCUUGGCUCUGGCAACGGAACCUCCGACAGAAUCACUCCUACUGCGAAAACCUUACGGUCGGAACAAACCACUCAUUUCCAGGACUAUGAUGAAGAACAUCUUAGGUCAUGCCAUUUACCAACUUGUCAUCACAUUUACUCUUCUUUUUGCUGGUGAGAAGUUGUUUAACAUCGAUAACGGCCGUAACGCCCCCCUCCACUCCCCGCCAUCUGAGCAUUACACCAUCAUCUUCAACGUCUUCGUUAUGAUGCAGCUCUUCAAUGAGAUCAAUGCCCGCAAGAUCCACGGCGAGAGGAACGUGUUUGAGGGAAUCUAUCGGAACCCAAUUUUUUGCAGCGUUGUGUUGGGAACCUUUGUCCUGCAGAUUGUCAUUGUGCAGUUUGGAGGGAAGCCAUUCUCCUGCACAGCCCUUACCAUCGAUCAGUGGCUCUGGUGUGUGUUCAUAGGGGUUGGUGAGCUGCUUUGGGGUCAACUCAUCUCUGCCAUCCCCACUCACCACCUCAAGUUCCUGAAGGAGGCCGGUCACGGCAUCCCCAAGAAUGAGUUUUCAGAGGAGGUGCUAACAGAGGGUGAGAAUGAGAUUGACAUUGCUGAGAUGGAGCUCCGUCGAGGUCAGAUUCUAUGGUUCCGAGGACUCAACCGCAUCCAGACCCAGAUGGACGUGGUUUAUACAUUCCAGACGGGCCAAACGCCGGUGCCUGGGGCACUUCGUCGCCAGCCCUCCGUGGUCAGCCAGCAUAACGAUAUUAAGGUGGUGAAUGCAUUCCGUAGCUCCCUGUACGAGGGCCUAGAGAAGCCAGACUCCAGAAACUCCAUCCAUAACUUCAUGUCCCACCCUGAGUUUGUACCCCUCUCUGAGGAGGAACCCCAUGUUUUUCAGAUUGAUGAGAACUCUGUACAGAUCGAGCCCAUCUUCUCCUUUUCCGGUGCUGGGGUUGGCUCUGUCUGACCCGCCCACCACCCUUUAUUCUCCAGUCUAAAUGUCAUUGCCCCAAAACCUAUCUUGACAUGUGCACCGGACACACUCCAACUACUCCGGUGGAACACAGUGAGCCCUGCAAAUGCACACCUGAAAGACAGCACCUCCAGUGGCCGUUGGGGUGACCACGAUCCUUUUCCAGACAUCCUUUUCCAGACAUCCUCCAUCUCCCCCACCUCUGCCCCUCUUGACUUGCACUGUGUUGGCAGCAGCAGCGCUCUGUAAGUACAUGGGGCUGUGCUCUAGCCCAUGUGACGAGUGGCCCAACUCACGCACUAGAGGGCGACGCUGCGGCAACCAUUUACUCAUUUUUGUAUUGUCACAUCUCUGGUCUUGCGUAAUACUGUAAAUGUUUUUGUUAUUUGUUUUCAGGAUUCUCAUUUACAUGUUUUUUUUUUUUUUUUCUGAAAAAGCCAAAUGUGUUUAUGCACACUGUUCUGUUUUUAAAAAUGGCUCUAUGUUCUAAUGGACAGUUUUAAUUAGUUCAGACACACUACAUUUUUGCCAUUGUUUCAGACAUUGUCACAUAAGAUGCUGUCAGGUUCAUUUUGGGUGUUCUGUCACUUUAUAUGUACAGAUGCAAGGAUGCUAUAGUAAAAAGUUAGCAGAAUAAAAGACGCUAUAACCUAUUUAAUCGCCACGUUAAUACCACCUGAUUGGCUCUUGUGGGGGCAGGGAGGGUUAUCCUACAUCUCAUCAAAUCACACCGAACAGGCAUCUCUAGUCUCUUGUUAGUUCAUUUAAUGCUUAUCUGCCUCAAAACAAAGUUCCAAUGAAUGCCCCAGCUAAUUGAUAAGUUCUUUAUCAAAGGUACAGCACACCACCAUAGCGUGCAUGUAUCUGUCUUUAUCUGUGUCUGAUUGUAUGAUAAUGGGAAUUGUAAUGCUUCUUUAUAUGAUCUUUCAACUAAUGAAUUUUCUUUUAACAUCUUUCAGAGAAAAAAAUACAUAGAAUUAAUUCAAAUGUAUAUGUGUAUUUUAAAACAAAACUAUUGAGUCUUUUUCAACUCUUGAUCAGCUCUGCAGUUAGGUGUACUGUUUGUUGUCUAACAUCAGGCUGGGGUUCACACAAGCUCCAAGAGAGUGAUCAGUUAUGCAUAUGGCACCGGUAAAGCUCCAAAAUGCCAUCCCAAAACGGAUCCCAGAAGUGCUAGGACACUGCACGUAGUUAGCAUGAUUUUCAUAUUAAAAUGAAAGAGAAAUAAAACACACACAAUAACAAACAUCAUUGAUGCAGCAUGGAGCCUCUGUUGGACCCUAUGAGCUCUCUGUUUGGUCUUGAAUGUGGCUUCUUUUGGCACUUUUCCACUGCACACUACAGUUCGACUUGACUCUACUCGCUUUACUUUUCUGAGAUUUCUUUUCCACUGCUGUUUAGUGCCGCCUCAACGUGGGUGGGAUUAUAGGCUGAUCAUCAAAAUUACUGCAUUGACAUCAUCUUAAACGUGACACAAAACAAUAACACGACCGCUAGCUGUUUGCUACUAGCUCACUGUGCUGCACAAAGCAGUUGUUGCAUGGUGAUUUUACUCAAGUGUAACCAUUAAAUGGGGCAGUGCUGGCUCAGUGGUUGAGGCUCUAGGUUACUGACCAGAAGGUCGGGGGUUCAAGCCCCAGCACCACCAAGAUGCCACGGUUGGCCCCUUGAGCAAGGCACUUAACUCCAGGUUGCUCCAGGGGGAUUGUCCCUGUAAUAAGUGCACUGUAAGUCGCUUUGGAUAAAAGCGUCUGCCAAAUGCAUAAAUGUAAAUGUAAAUUGGCCUGGUUGUUUUAGAAGCAAGCUUUCCAGUAGCUUGUACUCCAGUAAACUUUUGAAGUGAAGCUUUCAAGCAGAAUAUAGAGUUAAUGUACUCCAUCGUGGACUCCAGCCGUGGCCUAUUCCAGGGCACUCUCCCUCCCAUUGCUCGCCGGUCUAGAUAGCGUGCGUCCAUUUGGUCGAACCACUACCACUUUAAUUAUUUUUUCUUCUUUUCCAUACACUAUUGGUAGGUCCGGUGGUAGCCGUGUGCAGCCAAUAGAUGAGACACAUCCUUAAAGACUUUUUCGUUUCACUUUGUUUUGUUCGUCGCUAACGAGAGGAACAUCUGCACCUCGUUUAUUGACCAAGGCAUGGUUUUGUGCACAGCCAUUUCUUUUUACAAUUCGAAAGUGCAAAUGAUGCUGCAUGAACAAAUGAUACUGCUAUCACUGUAGCUAACUGUAAAACUAGCGGGUUGAUGUCCCAUGUCGCAAAUUCAGUGACACUGGUAGUGACAAUUCUCUCAGUGAUAUGCAGGGUUUUGACGUCACAUUUAGUAUCUGCUUGGAUCGCUUGGAACCUCGACUGAGGUGGUACUAAAAAAAAAAGUCCCAGGUACUAUCCACAGUGGAAAACCUCCAAAAAGCGAGGAAAGUCGAGUUGAGUUGUACCGUGCAGUGGAAAAUUACCAUAUGACAUGUACUUUUGAUUAGCCGAACCAUACUACUGCCAUAGCCCAACUUUCCGCGCAUACCAAUCUAGGUUAAAUAGAUUCCUCAAAUUACACCUUUUCUACUUGCACAGAGCCAUAUUUUAUAGAUUGUUCUUUUAUAUCCCAUUGUUUUUGCAAUUUAUUUUAUAUCUCCAACCAAAUUCAAAAACACAGAGAGUCACUGCCUAGAGAAAAAAGGAAAAACAAACUAAACAAAACAAAAAACCCUAAAUGGACCACUUUAAUGUUUACGGAACGGUUCCACAGCAGUCAGUUGAUGCUGUGCUUCCCCCUACUGGCAGUCUUUAUUAUUUCGCUAAAGUGGAACAUGGUGCAUUAUUGUAGGGAAGCAUGCCUGAAUUUCAUAUAAAAC